CUGCCUGUGAUUUACAUAAAGCCUGUGUGCUGAUAUAUAAACUCUGUAAAUGUGGAAUAGAUCAUAUGAGUAUCAGCUUGUGCCAACCAUGGAUACAGACGAAUACCGACAAAAACACAAGCAGUUCGCCAAGUUCCCAUGGGAAGAUGCCAUGGGCAUGACAGUUACGUCUGGGAGUGUGACUCUACAGAAGGAUGCCCAGAAUCUGAUAGGCAUCAGUAUAGGGGGUGGGGCCCCACUCUGCCCCUGCCUCUAUGUUGUACAAAUAUUUGACAACACGCCAGCGGCCAAGGAUGGUACAUUGGCCGCAGGGGAUGAGAUUGUAGGUGUUAGCUCCCAGUCUGUGAAAGGCAGGACUAAGGUGGAAGUGGCCCGACUUAUCCAAUCUAUAAAGUCAGAGGUCACCAUCAACUAUAACAAACUCCAUGCAGAUCCAAAACAAGGGAAAUCAUUAGAUAUAGUGCUGAAGAAAACUAAACAUCGGUUUGUAGAAACCAUGAGUUCAAACACAGCAGAUGCAUUGGGAUUAAGUAGAGCAAUUCUCUGUAAUGAUGGUCUUGUGAAGAAACUGGAGGAGUUGGAGAGAACAGCAGGCAUGUACUGGGGCAUGAUACAGCAAACCAAGAAACUAUUGCGGGCCUUCUUUGAUCUCUCACAGUCACACAAAGCAUUUGGUGAAGUGUUUGCAGCUAUUGGUGUGCGUGAGCCUCAACCUGCUGCAAGUGAAGCCUUUAGUCAGUUUGGAGAAGCUCACAGAAACAUGGAGAAAUUCGCCAUUCGUAUGUUAAAGACAGUUAAACCGAUGAUCAGUGACUUAAACACUUUCCUCCUAAAGGCUGUCCCUGAUACCAGACUCACUAUCAAGAAGUACCUAGAUGCUAAGUUUGAAUAUCUGUCUUACUGCUUGAAGGUGAAGGAAAUGGAUGAUGAAGAGUACAGUUAUGCUGCGCUUCAAGAGCCUCUGUACAGAGUUGAGACUGGAAACUAUGAAUACAGGUUGAUUUUGCGAUGUCGACAAGAUGCUAGAUCCCGCUUUGCCCGCAUGCGAUCAGACGUCUUGGUCAAGAUGGAACUUCUGGAUCAGAAACAUGUACAAGACAUCGUGUUCCAGUUACAACGGUUUGUAUCAGCCAUGGCUAAGUACCAUAAUGACUGUCAUGGGGUGAUGAAAGACGCAGUGGUCUUCCCAAUUGAGGUUGACUUGUCUCGGGGGACGUUCACAUAUGACACUGGCGAGCAGUUCAACGAUGGAGAGGAUGAAGAUGACGAAGAGGAGGAAGUAAACUCUGACCCCAAACAGCAGCAGCAGCAGCAGAACUUUGGGGACCUGAUCAGUACAGAGUGAAACCUGAAUCUCAAGAGGAUCAGCUAUGAAUCUCUGUGCGGUAACUAAGGGAUAACAGGACUUGGAACACCUUCAUUUAUUUAUUGUGAAUGUGAUAAAAAGUUCAUUCCAUGUAGGGGAGCAAUACCCUGUAAAAAGGCUGCAUAUUGGCUCUCCAAGCAGGCCCCAAUACAGUCACAGCUGUGAGUCAUACACAGGUUACCCAUGUCCAUGUCCAUUGUGCAAUGUCUGCAGUAAAUGGAAGUAUUCAAUUGUCAUCAGUUUGGAAGUCUUUCCAAGGUCACUUUGAUGUGUUUGAGAUUGUUAAAACCCUUUAGAAAGGUAAAGCAAUUGACUUUCCAGUGCCUGGCCAAGCACUGGUUUUAUUACCAGACAUGUAGUCGAGGCCUUUCUCUACAUAAUCACAUUCCCAGCAUUCGAGGACCGGUGUCCAUUAUGGUUGUGCAGAUUGAACAUAUACAGGGAUGUUAAUUAAGACAACUCUUGGUAUUGGUAGUGCUGUAACGUCUAUAGUGAUAAUCUUGGUGAGCUGGCCAGUCUGCAUUGACCAAAAAUUUCCAGUGAAUAUUGGAUUGUCAAGGUGCAUUAAGGUUUUCACAGCCAAACUGAUGUGUAAAAAAAAUCUUGUUCAGCGGCUACUGAUCUUUUUGGAUAAUGCAUGAAAAAUUGGUGCUGCAUCAGAUUUUUACAGCUGUUCAGUAUCAACCAGGUACCACGAUUAUUGUGUCGGAACAGUUUGUUACAUUGUAUUAUCUAAACUGCUUAAAUCAGGGGCCGAUUCCACCAAGCCAUUUCUGACUUAAGUCAUAACUUCUUUACAAUGCUUAGUUGUUGGUGCUGGAAGUAGAAAUUUGGACACUUUUAUCUUUAGCUGAUACUGAUAAGGUGCACAAAAUUCUAAUUUCUAAAACUGAAAAAUAAGCUUUACGAUCGUAUUUCAAUUUUUCACUUGAAUCAUAAAUGGCUUUGUUAAUCGCACCCAGGACAUUGAUUUGAAAAUACUAUUCAUCAUUCCAUGAUAUGGUCAGUGUGCAAUAAAUUGUCCAAUAAGAAUCAAGUCUUCAUCCAGCCUUGUCCAUAAUGGCAGCCGAACUAUUAAAUAUUUCUGGCCAUGGCUUCAAAGCUUUGAAUAAUGUAUAGUACUUCAAAAGAAAAAAGGCAUUAGUAAUUCAACCUUAGUUAUUUUGGAAGAGGGGUGGAAAAGGACCUAAAUGGCCUCAGCCAAUGUUUCUGACUGGCUGAAAAUUCUUACGAGG